UGACGCAGUUUUAUUGGCGUUAACAUCAGAUCUCAAAGAAUAGGUAAGGCAGAGAAAAUGCCUGAGAAAAAGGCCGGACUGGGGAGGGCCGUGAGCAGCGUACAUUGAUUGGUUAUUUUAAGCAGGGAACUUUGCCGGCGUGGUAAGCGAUCUCCCUCACAUUGGCGUUCUUGUAUCGCUCAACAACAGCUUUGGCCUUCCCGCUUGUGCGCAGCCCGACCCGGCCAAAGCCACUCGGCCUGCCCCCCCUUGCGUCCUUUCUCUUCCUUGUGAUCACCAUGUCUGAAUUCGGCUCCUUGCCGACUAACGGCGUCGGCGCCGCAACGAAGAAAGAUACUUUUGCGGACGCCAUGGAAAGAGCCAGACAGAUCGCAGCUAAAAUCAGUGGUGAGAGCGGUCACAUGGCGAGCAACAAUGGAGGACCUGAGAGUUAUCCAUUCACUGCACAGAAACGAUCCCUCGAAGAACCAGAUGAACCAGAUGCCAAGAAGGUAGCAUCACAGAAUGAAAGAGAUUCUUCGUUGUCCAUUGGAGCUCAACUGGCUGCCCUGGCUCAACAGAGUGUCAGACCCUCUACAAUGACAAUAACAGAGGAGUGUAAAGUGCCUGAUAGCAUGGUUGGUCUUAUCAUUGGCAGAGGAGGUGAACACAUAAACAAAAUACAACGGGACUCUGGCUGCAAGGUCCAGAUUGCACACGACAGUGCUGGUCUUUCAGAAAGAAGUGUUUCUUUGACAGGUCCACCAGAGGCCAUACAGAAAGCGAAGAUGCUCAUAGAUGAAAUCCUAUCAAGGGGACACGAUUCCCCCAAUGGACAAACUGGUUCCAUGCAGGAGAUGGUCAUCCCUGCGGGCAAGGCUGGCCUUAUUAUAGGCAAAGGAGGAGAGACCAUUAAGCAGCUACAGGAACGAGCUGGAGUUAAAAUGAUCCUUAUUCAAGAUGCAUCACAGCCGCCAAAUGUAGAUAAACCACUACGCAUCAUUGGAGACCCAUUCAAAGUGCAGCAAGCCAAGGAGAUGGUCAAUGAGAUUCUACGAGAUCGUGAUCACACUGGUUUUGGUGACAGGAAUGAAUAUGGCUCAAGAAUGGGAGGUGGUGGUGGUGGUGGUGGCGGCGGCAUUGAUAUUGCUGUUCCUCGCCAUGCAGUGGGGGUCAUAAUUGGACGAAGUGGGGAGAUGAUUAAGAAGAUCCAGAGUGAUGCUGGAGUGAAGAUACAGUUUAAACCAGAUGAUGGCACCGGUCCUGAAAAAAUAGCUCACAUUACGGGUCCUCCUGACCAGUGUCAACAUGCUGCUUCCAUCAUCACAGACUUGCUCCAGAGUAUCCGUACCAGAGAUGAUGGUGGUCAGGGGGGCCCCCCUGGUGCAGGGAUGCCACCUGGAGGACGAGGACGGGGUAGAGGCCAGGGGAACUGGGGUCCUCCGGGAGGAGAGAUGACCUUCUCUGUUCCUGCUCACAAAUGUGGACUUGUGAUUGGCAGAGGAGGGGAAAAUGUCAAAGCCAUUAACCAACAGACUGGUGCAUUUGUGGAGAUGUCACGUCAGCCGCUACCAGACGGGGACCCAAAUUUCAAAAUGUUCAUAAUCAGAGGUUCCCCGCAACAGAUAGACUAUGCAAAGCAGCUUAUAGAAGAAAAGAUUGAGGCCCCAUUAUGUCCCGUGGGUGGUGGUCCAGGUCCAGGAGGCCCUGGUGGUUCCCUGAACCCCUAUAACCCCAACCCUUAUAAUGCUGGACCUCCUGGUGGUGCACCCCAUGGUGGUACACCAGGUGGUCCUCAGUACUGUGCUCAGAGCUGGGGAAACAACUACCAGCAAUGGCAGACCCCAGGGCAACAUGACCCCAAUAAGGCAGCAGCAGACCCGAAUGCAGCAUGGGCAGCCUACUAUGCACAGUACUACGGUCAGCAGCCAGGGGGCUCUAUGCCAGCACAGACUCCAGCAGAUCCUGGAGCAGCGGGUGAUCAGAACCAAGCAGCACAUACCGCUGGCGGUCAGCCAGACUAUACAAAGGCUUGGGAGGAGUACUACAAGAAGAUGGGCAUGGUCCAGCCUGCAGGAGGACCAGUGGCUGCUCCGGGAACUGCGUCAGCACCAGCUGGAGGAGCAGCACCUGGAGGCCAGCCAGAUUACAGUGCAGCCUGGGCAGAGUAUUAUAGACAGCAAGCCGCCUACUAUGGGCAGGGAGGGCAGGCCCCUGGACAAGCAGCUCCGCCACAGCAGGGACAGCAGGCGCAGUAAUGAAGUUUUGUGCCGGUGGAUGGUUUUGUUGGCUCUUGGGACUUCUGCUGAUAGAGAUUUCCGUUUUUGGCUUCAACAAUUCAAGACCAUAACUGCACCAUCUCCUCCUAUUUUAAAAUCACAAUUGCUAGUUGACGGACUUGUCCCCCCCAAAUGGAAUAAGGGAAAAAGUUUUGCUCAUGCAUUGAAACAACGCACUAAUUAACUUGAUAAGAAUUUGUUUGCUCCUCACUUCAACCACACCUUGUAAUGUCUGUUUUCAAAACUGUGUGCUGUACAUUAAGAGUAUCUUGACUGCAGAAGCUCUACAAUAAUCACAUUCAGGUUAAUGAGUUUCACUUUGCAGUAGCCUAUGUUUUAUCUUGAAAUUCUGUUUAGAUUAAAAAAAAUUUUGGUACUUUUUAAAUCUCAUUUAAACAAUGUCUGUGUUGAAAUUGCAGUUGUAAUUUACUCUGCUAUUCUUAUUUUUAUUCACUGUAUUUUUCUUUCACAAGGGGAUUGUGUCUGUGUGUGCAGGUUAGCUGUAAAAUGGCACUAGCUCAUGUUGGCUGGUUGUGUGUGCAUGUGUGGCUGUGUCUUCCUUGCUACUUCUACAAGUUGAUCAAUGGAUGAUUUUUUUUCCCCCCCGUUCCAAUAGACUCAUUGUAUUAUUUUUUACAGCUUGUUUUUAAAUACUUAAAAAUAAAACAUUCAGAUCUACAUCUCCAGGUUAAGUCAAAUUAAUGAAUUUUGCAUAUCUCGGUUGAUCUAUUUAGAUUAGGGGGUGUCAGAUUUGUUUUCAUCAGAAACCAUCUCUGUUUGUUAUUGCCCUCAGGCUCCUGGUUAUAACAGUGAAGCCACGUAAUUGUAUAGUUGCUAGGAGUGUGACGGUAUUCCAAAAAAUGUGGUUGGAUAUGUACCUUGGUUUUAAGGAUUGGUGCAGAUGGUGACGACUGCGAGCCUUAACAUUUAACAGAAUGGGUGUGUUGCAGAUACUUUUUGUUUUGUUUUGCCAUGUCAAAAAAAACAUUUCAGAUAUCUGUGACUACCUUCUUAUCCACAAUUGGCAUUUCAGAUAUGUGCAAUGACAUUUCGUCUAGGACAGGGGAUGUCACUGGCCAUUUCUGUAUGGGGCUUGUCAUUACAGAUAUCUACAAAUCGUUUUCAGGUAUCUGUGACGGAGCUGUAGAUAUCUCUAACUCCAGUUUGAAAUGUCUACAAGUUGACUCUGACUAGUCAUAAUUCCAAUUCAAGAUAUCUUUAGUUCACCUCAAUUCAAGAUAUCUCGACAUCUCCUUUUUCAGAUAUCUUGAAUCAAGUUUUAACUAAUUGUAAUGUAGAUAUCUAAUUGGAAUUAUGACUAAUUUGAAUCAAAUCGUAGAUGGCUCACAUUGGCGUUAGACAUCUACAGUUCUGUUGCAGGUAUCUGCAGUUCAAUAGCGGAUAUGGGCGGUUCAAUACACAUGAAUAGCAAAAGUGAUAUUGCAGAUACAGUAUGCGAACAGUUUUGACUAUGCAAAAUUGAAAUAGCAAUAUCUCUGUCAUUUCGACCAGUCAUAAUAGUCUUAGAGAUUUUGAAUGACAAUUCAAACUAUUUGCAAUGUCAUGACAACUAGUCAGACCUAGAUCUACAAUGUUAAUUCCGGAUAGUCAAACUUAAGCUUUUAAGGCUUGUUGCCAUAGAUUCAGAUCCUACCCCCCACCUCUCCUUUUUUAUUUUUUUACAUAAUUUGGUUACAUUUCAUUUUAAAUGGAUCUAAAUCAAUCCUUCAUACUUUAUAUCAGCAAUUACACACCACUACAGAAUUGUUUUGAUUAUUGUAUUAAUUUCAAUUGUGCACACUGAUUUCAACUGUUAAGUAAUUACAGGGGACUUGAAUGUGCAUGUGAGUGCAGCUAAUGAUAAGCGUGCUAAAGAACUCACUACUUGUUUUGAAAUGUUCGGUCUAACUCACCAUGUGACUGAGCCCACCCACCGCAAAGGGUAUACUCUUGAGGUGCUCAUUACUAAGGCUAUUAGUAUUUCAGAUGUGAAUGUCAUCGAUGUCUCUUUAUCUGAUCUUUUUUUUUCUUUGAUCUGUCUGUUACGCCCAAACCAGCAGUUGGUCUGCACUUGUUCAAGGAAGACUCAUAAAUGACAGCAAAUUGACGCUGUUUAUGGAAAUGAUUAUAGGUUAGAAGAUACCCAGUGUUCUGUCAAUGAUCUGUUGUACUCAUACAGUGCCUUGCAAAAGUAUCCCCCUUGGCCUUUUACCCCUAUUGUUACAUCACAAUCCCUAAUUUAAACUGAACUGAACUGAACUUUAUUUGACACAUCUGCACAAAACUAUCCAAGUUUUGAAGUGUAUAUGUACGGUGGGGCAAAAACGUAUUGUCAGCCACCAAUUGUGCAAGUUCUCCCACUUAAAAAGAUGAGAGGCCUGUAAUUUUCAUCACAGGUAUGAGAGACAAAAUGAGAAAAAUAAAUCCAGAAAAUCAGUCUGAUUUUUAAAGAAUUUACUAGCAAAUUUUGGUGGAAAAUGCGUAUUUGGUCACC